AUGAAGAGAAGCACCUUCCUCAUCCUCUCCCUCACAGGGUUCUACAGUGCCAUUCUCCACACAGCAGCAUGGUCUGUGAAUAACUUCCUGAUGACAGGACCUAAGGCUUACCUGACGUACUCCAGCAGUGUGGCAGCCGGGGCACACAGUGGGAUGGAGGAGUGCAAGUUCCAGUUCGGGUGGGAGCGCUGGAACUGCCCCGAGAGCGCCCUGCAGCUCUCCACACACAACCGGCUCCGCAGCGCGACCCGGGAAACAUCCUUUGUACACGCCAUCAGCUCUGCUGGUGUCAUGUACACCCUCACCAGGAACUGCAGCCUGGGGGACUUCGAGAGCUGCGGCUGUGACGACUCCAGGAACGGCCGUGUGGGUGGCCGAGGCUGGGUCUGGGGAGGAUGCAGCGACAACGUGGAGUUUGGGGAGAAGGUUUCCAAGCUCUUUGUGGAUGCCUUGGAAACAGGACACGACACUCGUGCGCUGAUCAACCUGCACAACAAUGAAGUCGGGAGACUUGCGGUGAAAGACACGAUGAAACGAGCCUGCAAGUGCCACGGGGUGUCGGGCAGCUGCAGCAUCCAGACCUGCUGGCUCCAGCUCGCCGAGUUCCGCGAGAUCGGGAACUACCUGAAGAUAAAAUACGACCAAGCCCACAAGCUGGAGAUGGACAAGCGGCGGGUGAGGGCCGGCAACAGCGCCGACAGCCGCGGCGCCACGGCACAGACCUUCCACCACGUCCACGCCACGGAGCUCGUCUUCCUGGAGGACUCCCCCGACUACUGCACGAGGAACGCCAGCCUGGGCCACCACGGCACCGAGGGCCGCGAGUGCCUGCAGACCGGCAAGAACCUCUCCCAGUGGGAGAAGAGGAGCUGCCGGCGGCUCUGCACCGAGUGCGGGCUCCGGGUGGAGGAGCGGAGGACGGAGGUGGUGUCCAGCUGCAACUGCAAGUUCCACUGGUGCUGCACCGUGCGCUGCGAGCAGUGCCGGACGCUGGUGGCCAAGCACUUCUGCACCCGCCGCGACAGCGCCGCCGCCCCCAACCACAUCAGGCAGAGGAACAGAGGCCACAAGAGAUAAGGGGCGGCCACGGCACCCCAGGGGGACGCUUUGGG